GUUUCCUCUCAUUUCCGGGUCUGUCAUGUGACUCUCCGGCCUCACCAUGGCGGAAGCAGAGGAGCAGGAAACGGGGUCUCUUGAAGAAUCUACAGAGGAGUCGGAGGAGGAAGAGAGUGAAGAGGAGCCCAAACUGAAGUAUGAAAGGCUUUCCAAUGGGGUAACGGAAAUUCUUCAGAAAGAUGCAGCUAGCUGCAUGACAGUCCAUGACAAGUUUUUGGCACUGGGCACACAUUAUGGCAAAGUUUAUUUACUUGAUGUCCAAGGGAACAUCACUCAGAAGUUUGAUGUAAGUCCUGUGAAGAUAAAUCAGAUUAGCCUGGAUGAAAGUGGAGAACACAUGGGCGUGUGUUCAGAGGAUGGCAAGGUGCAGGUAUUUGGACUGUAUUCUGGAGAAGAAUUUCAUGAGACUUUUGACUGUCCCAUUAAAAUCAUUGCUGUACACCCACAUUUUGUGAGAUCCAGUUGCAAGCAGUUUGUGACUGGAGGGAAGAAGUUGCUGCUGUUUGAACGGUCUUGGAUGAACAGAUGGAAGUCUUCCAUUCUGCACGAAGGGGAAGGGAACAUAAGGAGUGUGAAGUGGAGAGGCCAUCUGAUUGCUUGGGCCAAUAACAUGGGUGUGAAGAUUUUUGACAUCACCUCAAAGCAGAGAAUCACCAAUGUGCCGCGGGAUGACAUAAGUCUUCGCCCAGAUAUGUAUCCCUGCAGCCUCUGCUGGAAGGACAACGUGACACUGAUUAUUGGCUGGGGAGCUUCUGUCAAGAUAUGUUCAGUGAAGGAACGGCAUGCCAGUGAAAUGAGGGAUUUGCCAAGUCGAUAUGUUGAAAUAGUGUCUCAGUUUGAAACUGAAUUCUACAUCAGUGGACUUGCGCCUCUCUGUGAUCAGCUCGUUGUACUUUCCUACGUAAAAGAGAUUUCAGAAAAAACGGAACGGGAAUACUGUGCCAGGCCUAGACUGGACAUCAUCCAGCCACUUCCGGAGACUUGCGAAGAGAUCUCUUCUGAUGCUUUGACUGUCAGAGGCUUUCAGGAGAAUGAAUGUAGAGAUUAUCAUUUAGAAUACUCAGAAGGAGAAUCACUCUUCUAUAUCGUGAGUCCAAGAGAUGUUGUAGUGGCCAAGGAACGAGACCAAGAUGAUCACAUUGACUGGCUUCUUGAAAAGAAGAAAUAUGAAGAAGCUUUGAUGGCAGCUGAAAUUAGCCAGAGGAACAUUAAAAGACAUAAGAUUCUGGAUAUUGGCUUGGCAUAUAUAAACCACCUGGUGGAGAGAGGAGAAUAUGACAUAGCAGCACGCAAAUGCCAGAAAAUUCUUGGGAAAAAUGCAGCACUCUGGGAAUAUGAAGUUUAUAAAUUUAAAGAAAUUGGACAACUUAAGGCUAUUAGUCCUUAUUUGCCAAGAGGGGAUCCAGUUCUGAAACCACUCAUCUAUGAAAUGAUCUUACAUGAAUUUUUGGAAAGUGAUUAUGAGGGUUUUGCCACAUUGAUCCGGGAGUGGCCUGGGGACCUGUAUAACAAUUCAGUAAUAGUUCAAGCAGUUCGGGAUCACCUGAAGAAAGACAGUCAGAACAAGACUCUGCUUAAAACCCUGGCAGAAUUGUACACCUAUGACAAAAACUAUGGCAAUGCUCUGGAAAUAUACUUAACAUUAAGACAUAAAGACGUUUUCCAGUUGAUUCACAAGCAUAAUCUUUUCAGUUCUAUCAAGGAUAAAAUUGUUUUAUUAAUGGAUUUUGAUUCAGAGAAAGCUGUUGACAUGCUUUUGGACAAUGAAGAUAAAAUUUCAAUUAAAAAGGUGGUGGAAGAAUUAGAAGACAGACCGGAGUUGCAGCACGUGUAUUUGCAUAAGCUUUUCAAGAGAGACCAUCAUAAGGGGCAGCGCUACCAUGAAAAACAGAUCAGUCUUUAUGCUGAAUAUGAUCGACCAAACUUGCUUCCCUUUCUCCGAGAUAGUACCCACUGCCCGCUUGAAAAGGCCCUUGAGAUCUGUCAACAGAGGAACUUUGUGGAAGAAACAGUUUAUCUUCUGAGCCGAAUGGGUAAUAGCCGAAGUGCCCUGAAGAUGAUUAUGGAGGAAUUACAUGAUGUUGAUAAAGCAAUCGAAUUUGCCAAGGAGCAAGAUGAUGGAGAACUGUGGGAGGAUCUGAUUUUAUAUUCCAUCGACAAACCACCAUUUAUUACUGGCUUGUUAAACAACAUUGGCACGCAUGUUGACCCGAUUCUACUAAUUCAUCGUAUUAAGGAAGGAAUGGAGAUUCCCAAUUUGAGAGACUCCUUGGUUAAAAUAUUACAGGACUACAAUUUGCAAAUUCUGCUUCGUGAAGGCUGCAAGAAGAUUCUCGUAGCUGACUCUUUGUCCUUACUGAAGAAAAUGCACCGGACUCAGAUGAAAGGUGUUCUAGUCGAUGAGGAGAAUAUCUGUGAAUCGUGCCUUUCCCCCAUUCUUCCAUCAGAUGCAGCUAAGCCCUUCAGCGUGGUGGUCUUCCAUUGCCGGCACAUGUUCCACAAGGAGUGCCUGCCCAUGCCUAGCAUGAAUUCUGCUGCACAGUUCUGCAACAUCUGCAGUGCCAAGAACCGUGGACCAGGAAGUGCAAUUUUGGAGAUGAAAAAAUAGCUCAUUUCUGCUUGUCAGAUUCUUUCUCACCGCUCUUUCUGAGACUAUUUUUGCAACAACAGAAGUGUUUGACACCACUGCUGUUAAGAGAUUUGUUCAUGUUUACAUGAUGCUGAAAAACAGUUUCCUCAUCUAUGUCUGUCUACUAGAGGUUUCUCUUUGCAGUUGGUAAUGAAGUUGGGGCUCUCCCCAUGCCUUGAAAUAAUCUGGGUCCAUAGUCAAUAUUUUGUCAUUUAUUUCUUUGGUUCAUUCUUUAUAUAGUAAAUGGAAACAUAAGUCUAGAGUUAAAAAGGCAUUUUUCAGACCGUAGUAGAACCAUUCAACAACAAAGUAGACUGCUAAGAAUUAUCCCAGCUGCUUAAGAACAUCGCCAACUGCAGUUGCCCAGCAAGCUCCUACCCACAGCUCGGACCUUGUUUCCAUAUGCUCUGCUGGCACGCAUUCUUGCAUUCAGGAUUUGACUUGUUUUUAUAUGUCAUCAACUGUGGUUAUCUUCUUAAUAGGCACUUAAUGAAACACUGUGCAAAUUGUCACUCAUUCGGUAACAUCUGGGAAUAACAUUAACAGGCUGUUUUCCUGCACCUUUAUGUUUGCUAGUCACAUGUUCUGUGUGCCCUGAUGACUAGUAGGGUGUCUGGCCCUGGCAGAUACUCAGCAUUUGUUGACUGAAUAAAUGUUAGCUCUUCUCAUCGUGAAAGACCCACUUUAACUAGGUUGAACAAUUGCAGUCAGGAAUUCUGGUGCUCUUAGAAGGGAAGAGAGUUUCAGCACCUUAGAGUCUGGGAGAUUGUGGUAGGUUUUGAUAGUAGGAAGGAAAUGAGUGACCCUAUGAAUCAGAGAGAGAUUCUUGGGAGAAAUGGGACUGCCUGAUGCCAAAGUUAGGCAUAAUGAUGUUUCCUUUAGCCUUCCUUGGAGCCUCAUUUGCCCCCAUACAACAGAGCGUAUCAUAGAGGGAGAAAACUUGUGACUGUGUCUAAUAGUUAUUGGCUUCAUCUGUCUUGGGAUCUAUGGCCAUCCUCUAAUAGGUGUAAAAGUGUGAAAAACACAUCCUCAUUGUCCCUGCUCUGUUAGUCCCAUAAAUAAGUACAGCUUUCUGCUUCUGUCUUUUUUGGGGGAGGAUGGGAUGCUGAUGUGUGUCAAGCACAUUCCAACUCCCAAAUAUGCCCAGCCGUUCCCAUGAGCAACAUCCCAGGAAGCAGAUCUUACAUCCCUUGGUUUACAGAUGAGGAAACCAAAAUGUAGAGAUGUGGUUGGGGUCACAGAGGUGAGUGACUACCUAACUGCAGAGCAGGGCUCGCGAUCCCUUUAAGAAAUAUCUGGGCCAAGCUCAGAGGAAAUACACACAAAAUCUCUUCACAAUGGGCUUAAGAAUAUUCUCUAGCAAACAGCAGAUGUUGCUGUUAAUCAUAAAUAUUUAGAAGAUUUGGAAGAUUCUUUGUUAUUGAACGUACCCCUCUGCCUUCUCAGUAUUUCCUUAUUCCAAGAUAAGUGUUUUUUGCUACACUGCUAGUUUUCAGUUUUUGGUUUAGUUUUUACCAGAGAACCACCCC